AUGUCAGAUCAACAUGUUCCACAUCAUUUACGUGAUAUCGAUAACCCACCAUCGUAUCUUACUGAAGCUCAACAACAAAAUUGGAUCAGUGCAGCGAAGAAAGCGAAAAAAAAUUAUCAACGAAAGCAACAAUAUCCACCGUUUAUUGUUCCACCACAAUUCAUUGAUACAAAUGUCAAUACGAAUGCGAUUAAUUAUCAUACAACUGCUCCAUCAUUAUCUCGUCCAUGUCAUUGCCAUGAAUCAAGUCCUUAUCGUAUUAAUGAAAAAUGGUCACUGCAACAAGCAGUUAUUUUUAUUUAUAAAAUAUUUAUCGAUAAAAAUGAAACCUUUAAUCAUUGGGCACACGGAUUAGAUCCUAUUGUUUCUACUUUACCAGAAGCAAAACGACUUAGUAUGAUACGCUAUGCGAUUUACGAUUGUUUUGCGACUACAUUAUUAGCACGCCCCAUUAUCGAAUAUUGGCCCUUUACAAAAAUAGAGAAUAGUGGCAUCACCGAAUUAUUUCAAAAAGCAAGAUCGCCGUUAUCGAUAAAUCCCAACAUCACCAUUAGCAACAUUUAUCAAAAAUCGCAUCAAAAAAGUAAAAAACAUAUUACCACUAACCUUGAAUUAAUUUCAGAUGACGAUGAUGAUAAUGACAAUGAAAUAUAUCUCAAUCAAUGCCGGGCACCUGUCCGACAAGCUCUCCCAACAUAUGAACCCAUAUCAGAAGAUGAAAUAACUAUCAAUCAACAUCAUCUAUCUACUUGUACGACUCUCCCAAUGUAUGAGCCAAUCUCGGAUGAUGAGCAAUCACAAAUUGUUUCACCCGAUGCUCCUACACAAGAAAUAAAUAUUCAAUCUGAAUCAGAAAUGAAUAUUCCACCCGAGCAACCACAACCACCAACGUUAAUUUCUUUACAUCGGUCGCGUCACAAUCGACGAACGGCUACGGCACGACGUCACCGUAAUAAAAAAAGAAAUGAUACUCAUCGAUCACAUCGAUAUCGUUAUUAUGUAACUCGCCCCGUACAUCAUCGUUUUUCCAUGGCGUCAAUCAAAGUUAUCCUCGAACGACACAAUAUUCGAUACACUCACAUCAAAAUUCGAAACUCAUCAUUAAUCAUCGGACUUAAGCACCACCAUAUGAAACAUCAAGCACAUCAACAACUGCCUUAUGCUACAUUUAAUCGUUUGCAAUAUUACGAACAUCAUCGUCGGUCUCGUGAAUCUCGUCAUCAUCAUUCCCAUGAAUCUCGUCAUCAUUAUUUCUAUGAAUCUCGUCAUUAUCAUUACCAUGAUUCUCGUUAUCAUCGCCAUCGCCAUCAUUCUCGUCAUACUCAUUAUGCAACAUGA